AUGUACGUCACCAAGCUCUCUUACGUCUUGCUACACAGACCAAAGACAAGAGCACGCAUCUUUAGCUAUCCAAAGGCUGACGUGACCCCUCACCACGCAGGUGGCGGCCUCGGCGUGACGCAAAACAGAACCCACUGGCCCAUCAGCGGCGGCGCCCUCGCCGUCCAACCGGGCUGGAACUCGGGACACAAGACGGCGCUCAUGUACAUCAACCUCGGCCUCGGCGAGUCGCCGAAGAACUACUCCAUGGUCAUGGUGCCCCGGUUCCAGCUGACGGGGCCCUCGAACCAGGAGUACGAGGGGACGUUCUGCCUGCCAAAGGUGCCGCUGCCGGCUGGUGUGACGCCCAAGGAGGGCGAUAUGGCGUCGAUACAGGUCGUGGAGGCCGCACAGCAUGGUGCGGCGUUGUUCAGCUGUGUCGAUAUCAUCUUUACGGAAGACGCGUCCAAGGUUACCCCGGUGACAGCGGAUAACUGCUUCAACUCGACGAACCUCAAGGUUGAAGCGGCGACGCUCGAGACGAAUUCUUCGCCUAUCACUGAUCCAUCGGCACCGGCGACCACGACAACUACUACACCGAGCGCGUCUCCAACUAGUGGGGCUCCCCGGUUGACGUCAAGCUUUUUCGGUCUUCUAGCCUUGUUGUUGUUUGUUUGA